CAGUUCCGUUGGAUUCUCUCUCUUGUCUCGCCUCCCACUCCCCAAUCCUCCUCUGCUUCCAACCUGCCUCGCCUCCUCCGCUCCGCUUCGCCGCCGAUCAGCCACGCCGCCGCCUGCCCGCCUCCCUAGGUGAGCACCACCAUCUGGAAUCUACUCCUGCUGACGGGUACCUCCCAUUCCAUUCCCCCCGCCUGCAAUCGAACCGACGGGCUCGGCUCGCCUGACCCGCCGCGGGCGCUCCCUCCGUCGUUCAAAUCGACCCCACCCCCGCGGCGCGCGCCUCGGGUCCCCGCCUCCGCGGAUCUCCGGUUUAAUUAUGGUUAAUAAACGUGUGUAUUAAUGUACUGGAGGAGCCUGGCCUUCUAGUGACAAGCAAGUAGCAUUAUUGGUGAAGAAAACAGCAACAGCUGAGUUACCAAAGAAAGGCAAAAACUGUAAAUGUCUCAAGGAACUUCUCUGUUGCCAAAAGAUAAAGGACCUACCACAGAACCUGGAAAGGCUAUCGGCAUCAAACGGCUGCAGACUGAUACUCCCUCAGGUCCUGCAUAUCAUAAUGUUUAUGUACGAAGGAAAGUAGAAUCUGAGCAUAGUAAAGCGAACCCUUCUCAGGAGUUGAAAGGUAAUGGAAAAGACAAAGCAAAAGAGCUGGAGGCAUGCCAAGAUGUUCAGCAUGAGGAGGCCAAUAAGCCCCAAGUGGCAUCUCCUAUUGCUGAACCUGUAGAACUUGUAUCUGCCAAAUCUCCUGAAAAAUCAAAUGCGGAAAUUGUGCUGGAGAAAACUGAGCCACCAGUUCCUUCCAGCACUGGCAUUCAAGAGGAGGUGAAACAGCCAAGCAUAGAAUACUGGAAUGAGAGAUUUAAUCGGUUACAGACAUAUUUGGAGAACUGUGAUAAUUCAACCCAGGAGGGUUAUUUGCGAAAGCUUAGGUCCCUUUCGGCUGCUGGGCGAAACAUGCAUGCAAUUGAGCUGGAGAAAAGGGCAAUACAUCUCUUAGUGGAGGAAGGGAAAGAGCUGCAGCGAAUGAAGUCUCUGAAUGUUCUGGGGAAGGUUUCCCCAAAUGCUCAUCGAAGCUGACACCUUUGCAGCGAUAGUCUCUAAUGUGAUGACAGUGUAACAGCUUAGAGCUGUAUGUAUGCUCAAAUACAUUGCAGAAGCAUGUUGUGCCUGUGUAACACCUUUUCUUGAUUUUCCUUUUUUUUAUCUAUUCCAUUCCCUGCCCUUUUGAUGUAAUUUUGUUGUAAUGCUAUGUAAUUAGCCGUACAGAUAAACCUGCCAUGUUUAAUCCUAAACCUGACUUUUUUUGUUUGUUC